CUUUCGCCUGGCGUUUCUGGCCCAGUUGUGAUGUCUACGUGAAAACGUGCGUUUGCAGUGCGACCACGUCCUCGCCAUUUAUCCGGAUGCGGAUGCAGUGCAGCCAGUUGUGAGAUCCCCCCGAAGUUCCCGAGAUGAAGUUCGCAGAGCACCUCUCGGCACACAUAACGCCCGAGUGGCGCAAGCAGUACAUUAACUAUGAGGAGAUGAAAGCCAUGCUGUAUGCAGCCAUCGAACAGUCGCCAUCGGCAGAGCUCGUGGAGCGCGAGAUGGUGACCCGGUACUUUGCCAAAUUCGAUGAGGAGUUCUUUCACUACUGCGACAAGGAGCUGGCCAAGAUCAACACAUUCUACUCGGAGAAGAUGGCCGAGGCGACUCGCAAGUACGGCAGUCUGCGCAGCGAACUGACCGAGGCCCUGGAGAUGGGUCAUCCCAAGAAACUGCCGGCGUGGAAGAGGCGCACGCCGCUGGGCAAGAAGAAUGUGCCGGCGCGCAAGAUACAGGAUCUCAAGUUGGCAUUUAGUGAAUUUUACCUGGGGCUCAUACUGCUCCAGAACUAUCAGAACCUCAACUUCACGGGUUUCCGCAAGAUACUUAAGAAGCACGACAAGCUGCUGAGCGUGGACUAUGGGGCCCGUUGGCGCACGGAUCACGUGGAGGCGGCUCACUUUUACACCAACAAGGACAUCGAUCGUCUGAUCCAGGAGACGGAGCAGGCUGUCACGCAGGACAUCGAGGGCGGGGAUCGGCAGAGGGCGAUGAAGCGUCUGCGAGUGCCGCCUUUGGGGGAGCAACAGAGUCCGUGGACCACCUUCAAAGUGGGUCUCUUCUCGGGCGCCUUUGUCGUUCUCUUCAUUACCGUUGUGAUCGCCGCCAUGUUCUAUGGAUUCGGGGAGAAUUGGCGGGCCGGCAUGAGGAUGUUCCGAGCUCCAUUCCUGAUCAUCGAAUGUCUUUUCCUCUGGGGCGUCAAUGUCUACGGCUGGCGAUCGUCGGGAGUGAAUCACGUCCUCAUUUUCGAGUUGGAUCCCCGAAAUCACCUCUCCGAACAGAACAUCAUGGAGGUGGCCUCCGUUUUUGGAGUUAUCUGGGCCGUCUGCGUGCUGAGCUAUAUAUUCUGCGAUCCAUUGGGCAUCCCACAGUAUGCAGCUCCACUCUGCCUGUACACUUUAAUGGCUGCCUUUCUACUUAAUCCCACAAAGACGUUCCAUCACGAGGCUCGUUACUGGGCCCUUAGAGUCCUUCUCCGAGUGAUCAUGGCUCCGUUCUGCUUUGUUAACUUUGCCGAUUUCUGGCUGGCCGAUCAGCUGAAUAGUAUGGUGCCAGCCUUUCUGGAUAUUCCCUUUCUGAUUUGCUUUUUCGGUAGAAGUCCUACGUGGCACAAGGCUGGAAAGGCUGCCAGCCACUGCGUGGAGUAUGUGUCGCUGCUGCAUCCCAUUGUGGCCAUUUUGCCCGCCUACUUCCGGUUCGCCCAGUGCAUCCGCAGAUACCGCGACACAAAGGAGUCAUUUCCGCAUCUGGUCAACGCAGCGAAGUAUGCAACAUCCUUCUUUGUGGUGAUAUUUGCCCACAAAUAUCACACGACCACGGAUACCUAUCCGCUGUCCAAGGAGAAUCCCUGGUUCUAUUGCUGGAUUACGGCGGCCAUCUUCUCGUCCUGCUACGCCUACACAUGGGACAUCAAAAUGGACUGGGGUUUGUUCGACUCGAAGGCCGGCGACAAUCGAUUCUUGCGUGAGGAAAUCGUUUAUUCAUCGACGUGGUUCUACUACUUUGGCAUAAUUGAGGAUUUAAUACUGCGCUUCAGCUGGACCCUGUCCAUGAGUCUAAUUGAGGCUGGCUACAUAGAAGGCGACGUAAUGAUGACUAUUCUGAGUCCCCUGGAGGUUUUCCGUCGCUUUAUUUGGAAUUACUUUCGAUUGGAGAACGAGCAUCUCAACAACGUGGGCAAGUUCAGGGCGGUGAGAGAUAUUUCGGUGGCCCCAAUGGAUUGCUCAGAUCAGACCACGAUUCUACGCAUGAUGGAUGAAACGGAUGGCGUGUUGAAUCGAAGGCGUGGAAAAGCCGCUGGCGGCAAAUCCGCAAACAAGAAGAACAAACAGGAGCAGCGACUGCUCCUCCAAGGGGAAUCCAUCGAGGACCUCUGCUCGUAGUCGGGAUGAGGAUGGAUCCCCAUGGGAAAUACGGUUACCCAAUAAACAUCUCUCUGUGUGCACAAAUUUUAAGUUUAUGCCAAUAAA